AUGCUUCGCAGAAAAAACGGUUGCCUGUACAGAGUUCUUCACACGUUGUAUUACGAUCACCUGAAACCAAAAAGCGACACAGAUGACCAAAACAUGCUGAAUGCCGUGACAACGAGAAAUCAAUUACAGGCAGACAUAUCCCUUGUGAAAGAGAAUGAAGAACUGCGAACCGAGUUAUUGAAGAUGAAAAUGUGUGUACAAGAUUUGCAGAAAACUCAAGGGACACCAUCAAAAGGGAAUGUGAAGAAGCCAACAUUCUUUUCUUCUAUGUCGAAAACCUUGGAAAAAUUGAAUCCAUUUAAGCAUGGAUCAAAGGAUACUUCAAAUAUAGAUGAUGGGAUGCCAGAUUUAACCAAGCCUAGAAGGAGAAGGUUCUCCAUUUCUUAA